AUGACUACCCAGCCUCGUGUCAUCCCACGAUAUGCUCACACCGCCGGACCCACGUCGAUGACCUAUUCUCCUGACGGGAAAUACCUAAUCACCGUCGGCAACAAUGAAGUUAUCCGAAAGUACACUGUAGCCUCCGACGACGAACCGGCAACAAUUGAGCAGUCGCAAGACGGAAAGACCGCCGUCGUGGCUUCCGACGACCAUUUUGUCGUCUCAGCAGAGGAUGGCACCGUCUCCAUAUUCUCAAUGGCAACAAAUACGUUCAUAAAGCUGCUUGUACGGACAAGUUUACCGCCACGAGACCUCUCAAUCUCGCCAGAUGGUCUCUUGGUCGCUGUUGCGAGCGAUGAGACGGUGGUCAAGGUUGUGAACCUGGAAGAUAACCAGAGGGUUAUGAAUCUUCGCGGGCAAAAGAAUUCAGCCAAACAUGUAGCUUUCCAUCCGUCGGGGAACUAUCUGGCUGUAUCGGGAGUUGAUGGGACGAUAUACAUCUAUUCUCUGUCUACGGAGGAGCCGGAGUUGGUCAAGAAGCUUGAUGGGAUUAUCAGCGCACUAAAGGAAGAUUCAGAGUCGAGCUCAAAGGUCGCUUGGCAUCCGGAUGGGCGGGCAUUUCUCGCACAAACACCCACUAGGGAGCUGGUGGUUGUGGAUAGGACCAACUGGGAGAAACACAGGGUCUUUGCCAAUGGACACAACGGAGAUAUCACUGACUAUGCAUGGUCUCCCAACGGCGCUUUUCUCGCUUCCGCUGGCACGGACGGAAAGCUAUUAAUUUGGGAGUCUAAAACCCAGACCAUAAUCUCAAGAUGGGACUACAAAAACAUCCUCAGCCUCGCAUGGCACCCCACCGAAAACACCAUCUCCUUUACGACCUCACAAGGCCAACUCUACACUCUCCCCAACCCCGUACCCUCCGACCAAGGAUGGCUGCUCAACCUAUCCGUCCGUCCCGCACCUCUCAUCAACGAUACCGGCAUCGGCAGCCACCCAAGCGUUCUCCCAACCCGCUCCAAACCUCCCGCCCAGCUUUACCGCGAGCGCAGCCCCUCCCAGGAUUCACUUGACGAGCUCCUCCCCGACGACCUCGACGACUUCAUUGAAGACGACGACGGCGCCGGUUACGUCGAGAUCAACCAAAACAACAAGCGGCGCGCCUCCGACCUGCCCCCCGGAGGCCUCCAGAUCGGUAAACGCCGGGCUUACGGAACCGAGCCCUGGGCGCCCGAGGUCCAUGAAAGCUUCCAGCCCGGAAGCACGCCGUGGAAGGGGAUGCGCAGGUAUCUGUGCCUGAAUCUCGUAGGCUUUGUGUGGACUGUUGACCAGGAAACGCACCACACCGUCACUGUUGAGUUCUAUGACCGUGAGGUCUACAGAGACUUCCAUUUCACAGACCCUUUUCUAUACGACAAGGCGUGCUUGAAUGAGGGAGGAUCAUUGUUUUCUUGCAAGCCAAAGGAUGGGAAUGGGGCCAUGAUCUAUUACCGCCCACAUGAGAGCUGGACCACCAAGGGCGAUUGGAGAACUAGUAUGCCGAAGGGAGAGGACAUUGUCAGUAUUGCGCUGAGCGAUAGUUAUAUCGUAGUCUGCACUACUGCGGGGUAUGUCAGAGUGUUUACACUUUUCGGCGUCCCAUUCCGCGUGUGGAGGCAGAAGCAUACUCCGGUUGUCACGUGCGCUUCGUGGAGGGAUUAUGUGAUUGUUAUGGGGAAUGGCGCGGUUGGGCCCGACGGGAGGACAAAACUUGUCUAUACCAUUGAGAACGUCAAGCGAGAUGAGACGCUGCAAAGUGAGGAUAUUGUUGCCCUUCCUGCUGAUGGAAGUAUCAGAAGUGUUUGCUUCUCAGAUAAUGGGGAUCCUUGUGUCUACGAUUCUGAUGGCGUCUUGUUGGUUUGUUUGCAUUGGAGGCUACAGGGGCAGGCGAAAUGGGUCCCCUUGCUGGAUACUAGACUUUUGGAUCGUCUGGCCACUGGGAUGAAGCAGGAGAGCUACUGGCCUGUGGCGGUGGCACAGAACAAGUUCCACUGCAUUAUUCUCAAGGGCGGCGAAAAAUACCCCUACUUCCCGCGCCCUCUUCUUUCCGAAUUCGAGUUUUCCAUCCCACUCACCUCCACGGCUCCCUCGGCGGCCGAAGCGCCAAAAUCCGACGCACUGGAGGAAACCUUCGUGCGCGAAUCCGUGCUGCACUCGCUGCAAGAGGAUUUCGCCGCCCACACGACCACCACCACGGAGGAGAAGCGCGAACUGGUCAGGUGUGAAAACAUUAUUGACAAGACGCUGCUGCAGCUUGUGGCGAUGGAGUGCCAAGACAACGACCGCGGCGCAAAGGCACUCGAGAUCUGUGGUCUGUUCAGGCAGAAGAGGACCCUGGAGCUGGCUGUGAAGGUGGCGGUUAGGUAUGGGAAGCUGGUGCUGGCUGAGAAGAUUGGGGAGCUGAUGGGUAAUAUGGAGAUGGAUCUUGACGUGUGA